AGAGAGAUAAGCAAACAGAAUGGAACUAGUGAAGUUUCUCAAAUCGCAUGAAGCACUUAAAGGAUAAGACUUCAUUUAUGCAUGAGACUGGAGGAUGUGAAUGGUUUAUUCACCCAGCAGAGAUGAAAUGAGAUCAGGCUGGAUUUAUGAUGUGCAUAAUGUUUUGUUGAUUAUUCUGAGUUCUUAAAUUUUAAAUUUGUGACUAGAGAAUGUUAGUCUUAUUGUUUUCACUGAUAGAAUUAAGUUGUGUGAAAGGUAGCACCAAAAUUAUCAAUACAGGCUGUGAAGUUGACAUCCAGUUUAAUUUGCAACCACAGCUGCAAUGGAGGCAAAACUCUGCACCUGUUCUUUUCUUUGAAAUCUAUUAUCCUUUUGGAAUGUGUAAUUUUUCAUCUCUAAAACAAAACCAAAGGGUUAAAAAUCCUUCAUGUAUUUUCAAAGAUGCUCCAUUAGAUCAGAAUGAAAAUCUUGAAGUGCAGUUUGUGAACAUUUCCGUUUGGGAAUCUCAAUUUGCUUAUGUAAAUUUAACAGCAAAUAUCAUUCACUACAACAUUCAAAAGGCUUUGUUUCGUGUACCAGAAGAGCUAGAAGGAACUGUACACUGUCGGUUGCAAUCAAGAGACGAUAAAUCAAAUGCAAUCACGAGGUUGAUUUCUGAGAGGGAGGGCAGCAAGACAACAGCAUAUGUCACUGUACAUUAUAAUUCAAGCGUGUGUUUGUCCCCCAACUGCUCACGUGAUGAUUGGAAGAAAGCUUCUAAUAACUUAACCACCAUCUUGAAAAAUGAAAUAAAAUUGAGAAUAGAAGUAAGAGCAAUGGAGGAGGAGGAGGAGGAGGAGGAAGCGCUGGUGCGUCGGCUGCGCCUGGUGCGGGCGGGGCCGGCGCUGCGCGUGGUCGGGGUGCGCGGGGCGCGCGCCUGCGCCGCGGACGGCCCCUGGCCGCGCACGCCCGCAGGCGGCGUCGCGGCGCUGCGCGUCCCGCCCGCCCCCGGCGACGUCCGCGCGCGCCGCUGCCUCGCCGACGCGCGACGCGGCGCGCGCUGGGAGGCCGCAGCCCGCGCCGACGCGCCCGAACAGCACGCGCUGCAGCAGGGGGAAAUAACUAGCCUUCUUUCUCAACGUCUCGAAGAACUUUCUAAACAAACCACAAAAAAUGGCACCAGAAUUGGUUCAGAAGAAUUGCUUGAGCUCGAAUCUAUACUCAUCAAUGAUACAAACAUAAAACUUUCAGAAUAUGAUAUUUGGAAUAUUGCACAUGUCUUAGGAAGCAUAGAACAUGCUGAAGAAUUAAACUCGCAAUGUAUUUCAACUAUUACCAAUGUAGUUAAUGAAUUAUUGGUCUUAAAUACAGAAGGCCAAAGAGAUAAUCUUCGAUCAAUGCAAAAAAAAGCAGCAACAAGCAAUGUGCUCUUAAAGUCACUUGAUCGCAUUUUACAGAUGGCUCCUCUUCCCUUGUCAAAAGAGCUUGUUGUGAGAAAAAAAAUCACUACUUUUGUGCUAAAUACAGUUGGAAAUUAUACUUCAAUCCCACGUGGUAUAGGAGUCUUGCCACAUGAUGGUGAACAUUUUGAAAAUCAGACCGUUAUUCAGAUUCCAUACAAUGCAUCACUUCAAUGGGUACUGAACAAAGGAUUUUCUGCAGCUGUAUUUUUACCUGAAAGUCUUUUACGAAAAUUGCGAACCAGUUCUCAUCGCCUAGUCAUGUCUAUAUUUUGGAAUUCAGAACUUUUUGGAGGAACUACUAUUCAAGAGGCUUCUGGUCAUGUAGUUAGCAUUGCCAUUGAUGGCAAACAUGCAGAAUUGGAGGAUCCUAUCUUGCUGUUCUUUGCAAAACAGGAUAGAGAGUUGGUGAAUGGUCAAAACAAAACAGAUAAAAAUGUGUGCAGAUUUUGGAAUUUUGAAGCAAAUGAUGGCAGUGGAAAAUGGGAUGCAGCUGGUUGUUUUCUAGCAGAAUAUCCUGAUAAUGCUACCGAUAUUUGUAUAUGCACACAUCUGACCCACUUUGGUAAACUUCUAUAUAAUGUUGGAAAUAAUCCAAGUAAACUGGAGGAAGAGGGUCUUGAAAUAGUGACAAUGAUAGGAUGCAGUUUGUCUCUCCUGGGUCUGAUGGGAGUUUUCCUAAGUGCUAUAUUGUUCCCUGGAGAGGGGUCAGGCCGAUGGCUUCAAUUGCAGCUUUGUGCUGCUCAAGCAAUACUCAUGGCAGCGAUCCUCUGGGACGGUGCAGCAGCCUCCCACGCAGAGUCUGUGCCACUAUGCUUGGUGCGAGGUUUGCUUCUUCACUGGUCAGCACUGGCUCUUGGCAUCUGGACCCUUGUAGCAGCCUUCUAUCAACAUCGCCGACUCACCAAGCCUCUGCACGCUCUUCACACUGACUCGCGAUUCCUACCAAUGGCAUCUGCAAUGUCAUGGGGCUGUCCAGUGGUUAUGUGUGUUGUGGUUUUAAUUGUUGAUUCACAUGCUUAUGAACCCCAUAGCUGCUAUCCUUCAGGUGUUACUCUUUUGCUUGCAGUUGUAAUCCCUUUAGGAAUCAUUGUCGUUACGAAUUCUGUACUAUUUUUGCUUGUAAUCUGGUCAAUAUGUCAAUGUAAUCCACACCCUGUGACACUAAGAGACAGCCAAGAGGACUCCACUCGAAUAGUUCGAAGAGUUUUAGCUUCGUCGUAUCUUUUCUGUUUAUUGGGUUUAUGUUGGCUUUUUGGUUUUCUCCACUGGCAAUACCUAUUCUGUAUAACAGCUUCAAUGCAAGGAGUGUCACAUUUUGUAUUUUGUGUGAUUCUGGACCGAGCCACACGUAGGAGUUGGCGUUUGUACAAAAAGAAAAAACAACUACACUUUUCAAGCCUUAAAUCAUGGACAAGAUCAUCUCUCUUACCGAGCUCAAAAUCUAAACUAUCAUCUGCACUAGAAUUGGAAGGAACUAAGAUAUAAUACAUUUUUAUAUUUGCACUUCAAUAAAAAUAAUGCUGAUAAAAUCUUCCUAUAAAUCAAAGAAUUUGAAUACCAAAAUUUAAGAACCGAUUCCUAACAUUUUCUUCAAUGGCAACUACAAAACUUCACUUUUAUGAUCCAAAUGCUUAAGGCGUUACCAUUUCUUUUGAUCCAUGAUUUCAAAUACAAUUAACUACAUUUGAACUGUAUGUCAAAAAUUCAAAGUGGAGCUUGGCAAAAGUAAAGAGAUUGGCCAUGUUUCCCAUAAGAAACAGAGCAAAUUAGAGAAGGCAGUCAGCUAGCUCUUGGUUGAAAGAAAAAUUAAAUUAAUGAACUACAGGGAAGUAACAACUUUCAUUCUUAAAUAAACUCAUGUAUGAAAAUAAUUCCUUUGAGACAAUAAUUAGACAUCUUAUUAACUCUUGGCACUUCAAUGUUUUUACAUUCAUUGAAGGAUUUGAGAAAAAAGACAGUUUCUGCUUGUUAAUAGUGUUGGAGCUGUCAGAAAUGUCUGAAUGAAUCAUUUCUUGAAUGCCAUUGUGUAAUAUUUCUUUGUUAAUUGUUACUGAAGAAUAAAAUUACAAUACAUUGCAUUCAAAUAUGUUUGAUUACUUAAGUUCUGAGUAAAUUAAUGGCCUAAAUCUCUAUAUAUGACAAUAAAAUACAUGCUCAACACAGAAAUUUAUGGACAUUUGAGUUUUAAUAUUCCAACCACAUUCCUAACUUUUGUGAAUAAUAUUGCUCUUUGUGAAAAAAAUUAUGCAAGAAAAAACAAACUAACAAUACAAUGACAUAAUCGGCCAUCACUUUUAUGUGGGAUGGAGGUAAGACAGCCAUGACUGCCCCACCCUCCAAAAAAUGUUAUAUUAUGUUUAGUGAUUUUACAUAAUUUAUUCAAAACAAUGACCACAUAUUGAUUAUAUCACGUGUGGAUGACAAACGCUUUCUUGUCUAGUGGUGCUACAAUAUAAUUAAGACUUCUUGGUACUAUUGUUUGGAAUGGCUAUGUAAACUGAUAUGUUGUUUUUUUUUUUAGUCACUACUAAAACCAGCUUUUCAGGGCAGGCUUAGCAUGCUAAAAGCAAUAUUUUAGUACUAGUGAGGAAAGUGAGACAAUGCUCAAGUGUUCUGAUAAAUCUGUGAAUGCAACAAAGAAAACAAAAUACUUUCAUCUGACUAGGACC